AUGAACACGUGGUUGAGAAUAUCAAUAUUUAUUGUUAUGCUGUCUAUAACAUCAGCAAAUGUUGAGGAAAUUGAUGACAAGUUAAAGACCUUCCCCAAAAAGUUGCUUGCAAGGCGACGGGAAGAACAUUUCCAAUUGCUUAAAAUGGUAGCAAAUAAUCAAAAGUACGAGCAUAGAUUCCAGUUGAUGACUAUUGGACUAAGUAAGGCAUUUGAUCUCAUAAUUGAGAAUAAGGAACCGAAAGAGGCUAAAAAUACAGAGAAAGUUCCAAAAGAAACGAUUCUGUUCAUUGAAAAUGCUUGCCUAUUUAUGGACUUCCUAGUUAACUUCCCAGAUGAUAUCUAUAUAGUAUUAAAUAAGAUUAAAAGAACUGAUCCAGACAAAAAUUGGAAGGAAAUACUCAAAAUUUCAUUGACAUUCCUCGAAAAGAAUUUAGACUUACUGGAUGAAGUUACAACAAAGGAAUUUGAGUUUGUUAAGAGGAAUUUAAAUGUAUUUUUGAAUGAGGAACGACUUUGGUCAUAUCCUUUAGAGAAUAGUGUAAGAGAUUUACUAGAAAUAAGUCAAAAGGCUGAUCAAGAAAGCGAUAAAUUUAAAGACAACAAAAAGAAGAAAAAGAAGUUCAAGAAAGGUCCUGGAUUGCAAGGAAAGUUUGAGCUGUAG